AUGGGGGAGGGGGGAGGGCGAGCGGGCAGUGGCCUCUCUGUGCUGAUCAGAGUGCGCCUGGAGCUGCGGCGGCACCAGCGAGCCCACCACACCAUCCCAGGGAUCUUCCAGGCAGUGGCGCGGCAGCAGCCUGACCGGCUGGCCCUGGUGGAUGCAGGCAGCGGUGUGUGCUGGACCUUCGCGCAGCUGGACGCCUACUCCAACGCUGUGGCCAACGUCUUCCACCAGCUGGGCCUCGGGCCGGGCGAUGUGGUGGCCAUCUUCCUGGAGGGCCGGCCGGAGUUUGUGGGUCUGUGGCUGGGCCUGGCCAAGGCUGGCGUGGAGGCCGCUCUGCUCAAUGUCAACCUGCGGCGCGAGCCCCUCGCCUUCUGCCUGGGCACCUCGGGCGCCAAGGCCCUCAUCUUUGGAGGGGAGCUGGCAGCAGUGGUGGCUGAGGUGAGUGGACAGCUGGGGAAGAGCCUGCUCAAGUUCUGCUCUGGAGACUUGGGUCCUGAGGGCAGCUGGCCGGACACCCAGCUCCUGGACCCGCUGCUAAAGGAGGCAUCCACGGCCCCCCUGGCCCAGUCCCCUGGGAAGGGCAUGGAUGAUCGACUCUUCUACAUCUACACGUCGGGGACCACGGGGCUACCCAAGGCUGCCAUUGUCGUGCACAGCAGGUACUACCGCAUCGCAGCCUUCGGCCACCACGCCUACAGCAUGCGCCCAUCAGACGUGCUCUAUGACUGCCUGCCCCUGUAUCACUCCGCAGGGAACAUCAUGGGCGUGGGACAGUGUCUCCUCUACGGGAUGACGGUUGUCCUCCGCAAGAAGUUCUCAGCCAGCCGCUUCUGGGACGACUGCGUCAAGCACAACUGCACGGUGGUCCAGUACAUCGGGGAGAUCUGCCGUUACCUGUUGAAGCAGCCGGUGCGUGAGGCAGAGGGGCAGCACCAGGUGCGCCUGGCCGUGGGCAAUGGGCUGCGGCCUGCCAUCUGGGAGGAGUUCACAGAGCGGUUCGGUGUGCGCCAGAUUGGCGAGUUCUAUGGGGCCACCGAGUGCAACUGCAGCAUCGCCAACAUGGAUGGGAAGGUGGGCUCCUGUGGCUUCAACAGCCGCAUCCUGCCCCAUGUGUACCCCAUCCGGCUGGUGAAGGUCAAUGAGGACACCAUGGAACUCCUGCGAGAUGCCCAGGGUCUCUGUAUCCCAUGCCAGGAAGGGGAACCCGGCCUCCUCGUGGGCCAGAUCAACCAGCGGGACCCAUUGCGUCGCUUCGAUGGCUACAUCAGCGAGAGCGCCACCAGCAAGAAGAUUGCCCACAGCGUCUUCUGCAAGGGCGACAGUGCCUACCUCUCAGGUGAUGUGCUGGUGAUGGAUGAGCUGGGCUACAUGUACUUCCGGGACCGAAGUGGGGAUACCUUCCGCUGGCGUGGGGAGAAUGUCUCCACCACCGAGGUGGAGGGUGUGCUGAGCCGCCUGCUGGGCCAGACAGAUGUGGCCGUGUACGGGGUGGCCGUGCCAGGAGUAGAAGGCAAAGCAGGCAUGGCGGCCAUUGCAGACCCCCAUGGCCAGCUGAGCCCCAAUGCACUGUACCAGGAGCUACAGAAGGUGCUAGCACCCUAUGCCCGGCCCAUCUUCCUGCGUCUCCUGCCUCAGAUGGACACCACAGGCACCUUCAAGAUCCAGAAGACACGGCUGCAGCAUGAAGGCUUUGACCCAUCCCAGACCUCAGACCGGCUCUUCUUCCUGGACCUGAAGCAGGGACACUACCUGCCCCUGGACCAGGGUGUCUACACCCAAAUCUGCUCGGGUUCCUUCUCCCUUUGAAGCUCCUCCUUUGCUGGCCAGAGACUCCCGGCCAGGCCCCUCGAGCCAGGUGGGCUGGAGCCAGGCAGCUCUGCCCUGUCCUGGGGCGGAGAAACUGGACCCCAGGAGGAGCCCGUCUCCCCUGCCUGGUCCUCUGAGCUGUCUCCUUGCCCCUCUCUGCCUGUCUUCUGCUGUGUCUGUGUCUUUUUCUCCUCUCUGCUUCCUGGCCGUGGCCUCCCUGCUGUCCCCAUCUGUCCUCACCUUUCCCCUCUUUUCCUCCAUCCCCCCUCUCUCCUCCUCUGUUCUCCUGUGAAGUGCAGAGCAGACAUUUCCUGGGACCCGGCGUUGGCUUGGGGCCUCCAUCUAUCAUCCCUGCUGAGCCUUAGACCCAGAGUGGGGCCUUCCCACUUCCCCUCAGCUGUGCCUUACGGAGCCCCACCCAGUCCAGUCUUCUGAGGCUGCUGGGUUCCAGGAUGUGUAGUCCCAUAUGAAAUCCAGGCAGGCCCUCUGCCCGCCCUGCCAAAUGGAGGUGCCAGAGUGGUCUGCUUUCCCCACCCGGUGCAGGGGCAUCAGCAGGGACCCCGGGUCAGCUGGAAAUCGCUCCUAGGCCAAACCCGUUGCCUUUUGCACCUCCCAUCCCUGGUGGGUCUCCCCUGCCUGGCCUGCCUUUCCUGAUGCCCGGACG